AUGGGUUCGAAAGCUCGCCACGAAGAAAAUUUCAUCGCGGAAUUCUCGGAUCGCUGGAAGCACAAGGUUGACUAUGUCAUCAUUGGAGAUAAGCAGAACAAGCCCUACCGAUGCUACCUGCACUUUGAGGGAUUCCCAUUUUCGGUGCUCGGCAGCUACGCGGAGGGCAAGGAGAGCGGCGUCGCGAAGGCGGGCGCGGUGUUGAAUUUCGUGCAACGGCUGAGAACAAGCUAUGUGCCCGAGGCAAUGUAUGCAGCCAUUCGGAACAAGGAAGUCACUCCCGAACAGAUGUCAAAAUGGAUCGAUCAUUUCGUCAACCUGCUCAUGAUGGUCGAAGAAUCUAUGAAAAACUCUACUAGUUUUCGACACUUGAUAGAAAACAGCGAAGGCUCGCUUGAAACGUUGGACAAGGUGAAGCGUGGCCAGGAUAAGCAGCAGGCACUCGCCUGCCUCGCAUCUAUGAGGCAGAUGAUCCACGAUUUCUGGAAUGGUCGCGGGUGGUGGAUGACUGCCCCCACGCUUUUGAAACGCGCGGCGACGAGCCCAUCUCCGUCCGACACGAAUGUACCACUGAAGAAAGUGCGUCUGUCGAAUGGCCAAGCAUCGGCGUCUGAAGAAAUUGUCGUCCAGGACAGUCCAACAGCUUCGCCCGUCGCGCCCCGCGCCCAGCCUAUCGAAGUCGUGAUCGAUUCGAGUGACGACGACGAUGACUGCGUUCAGGUUGUCGAGCAAGAUGCGUUGACGUUGAACACGUCCGCGUCCAUCGCUCCAGCCGACCCACUCCCCAGCACGUCAGCUCAGCGCCAUCUAAACUACUUGAACACCACUCGAUCGGCCCCGACAAAAGUCGACCAUUCGCGAGUGCUCGGAGUGGUAUGCUACGAGGAGGAGACGCGGCGACGAGUUGCCGAAAUCAAGCGCUAUCGCGACCAGUUCCCCAAGCAAUUCGACCGCAUCGACGAGCUCAUCCAAUCGCACUUCCGCAUUAACUCACAGUCACCCCCCGUCUACAUGAAGAAAAUGGAGGCGCUGCGCGAGUUGCUGGAAACCAUCCAUGUUCUAUUUCCCAACUACAACGUCGCGUUGCACGCCGUCGGCUCUACGGUGAAUGGAUGCGGCUCGUACAACUCGGACAUGGAUCUCUGCCUCCUCAUCGAACACCAAAGCCGCUACCCGGAUGACAAGAGGUUUGCCCAAACUCAUCUGCGGUCGAUAUACCGUACGCUGCGCUUCCAGAACGCCAAAUGGCGCAACUUGCUGCAGGAGUGCCAGUUCAUCUCCACGGCCAAGGUGCCGAUCAUCAAAAUGGUGCUGGGCGCGCAGUACAUGGACAUGGAAAUCGACGUGAACGUGAACAACCUGGCCGGCAUCUACAAUUCCUACCUGGUGCAUUAUUAUUCGAGGGUCGACAUGCGUUUCCCGGAACUCUGCCUCAUGGUCAAGCACUGGGCGAUCAACAACGACAUUUGCGACGCAUCCUCCGGCACCUUCAACAGUUACUCGCUGCUACUGCUGAUGAUCCACUUUCUACAAUGCGCCGUCACCCCGCCCGUGCUCCCCAACCUGCAGCAUAUCUACCCGAAUCGGUUUAAUCGAGAGAUGCCGCUGAGUCAACUCGUCUAUCACAGUGACCGGCACUUGCCAUUGCCCGAAUUCCAACGUAACAACGAGACGCUGGGCGAGCUACUGUGCGGAUUCUUCCAUUACUACGCGAAUUUCGACUGGGAGAAGGACGCCGUCUCCGUCCGCCGCGGAUGCCGCUUUCCGAGGAGCUCCCUUGACGCACCCUCGCGCAAGUUCUGCAUCUACAUCGAGGAGCCGUUCGACGGCGGCAACACGGCGCGAUGCGUGAUGCAGCAGGGGACGUACGCGCGGAUCCAGAACGCCUUCCGCCACGCCUCCGCCAUGUUCUCCCGCUCGGCCCCCGAAUUCGCCAAGAUUCUUGUUAACGUUGAU